AUGGCCACCACCAACGACGCUCACCCGCCGCCCGACCGCGCCAUGGCUCUGCACCCUACUGCCCACCAUGCAUCGCCGCUGCCCAGCGACCUCAAGCGCAAGCGCAGCCCUUCGCACGAGAUGCACCUGCCGCCCGCGCCGCUGCCCAAAACCGCCAAGCACAACCAUCUGCAAAUCAAUUACCUCGCCAGGCACCUCGACACCGACCUGCCGCUAAUCACCAACGACGACACCCUGCCCAACAUCCUCUCGCUGCUCAGCGACUACCAGGGCGUCCUCGACCGCCAUGAGAGCAUGGCUUGCAACCUCGGCGCAAGGCCGCUGGGUCCCAUCCUCAUCAAGCGCUUUGAGCGAUUAUUCGACGGCCCUCCGCGCGUCCUCAAGAGCCAUGGCAAGGACGGCACUACCGUGACGUGGCUCGACGUGGUCGAGUUUGCGCGCAACAAGCCAGAGCAGUUCCAGCUCGACCAGAUGAGCGAGGGCGUCCGGGUCUGCCAGUUCUACACCAAACAGUGUCGCGUGCAAAUCUCAGAGGAAGACUUUGUUUUGAUUUCGUCGGGCAUUCCCCAAAAAAUGAUUCCGCCCCAGCCCAUCAUUGAGGAUGAGGAGAAGGAGCUGGGCACCAUGGAGAUUCUCGAAAAGAACCUGAGCCAGAUAUGCUCUCUGGCCGACCAAGUGGCUGCCCGCACCAGGCAGCUCAACCACCGACUCAAAGGCCGUAAGCAGGCAAUCCUCGAUCGUAGAGCGACAGCAAGCCCCGCGCCCCAGAUACCGCGCCCCACGAGUCCCUCCAACGUCGCCCUCAUGAACGGCAACAGCUCCAACGUCCCAAACGCACCACACAGCCAGGGCCACGCCCAAGGGCACACUCAGCACACUCAGCACACGCAGCACACGCAGUCACCGGGAAGCAGCGGCUUUGUAGCAGUCAAUGCGCGCCCGCAUCACGAAUCCAAUGGGCACAACCACAAUCACGCCCACGCCCAUGGUCACGCCCAUAGCCAUGGCCAUAGUCACAGUCGCGGCCAUGGCUCCUCGUCGUCUACCCGCCACGAGCUGCUAUCCAAGUUUCACACCGUCAAUGACCGCCGCACGCCGUCGCAACCACCCACGGCCAAUGCCGAAGCGCGGAGACCGUCUGUGAGCAGCCAUACGGCCUCGCACCCUUCUACGCCUGCGGCAGUCCCACCCAGAGCGACUGCAAAGCCGGCCGAGGGCCCGCCAACACCCCAGCAGCCAGUUGCAAGACCCUCGCAUCCUCUGAACGAGUCGGAGCUGCAUACCAUGAUGAACUCGCCUGUUCCUAUACCCAACACGCCUUCCAACCUCCUCCCAGCUGCGAGCCAACGCGCUAGCCAGCAACCCGAGAAAGACGACGGAGGCCCCUUCAAGGUGGAAAUGGUGCACAGGAUGGAGAGUCUGGCCAAAGGCGAACGCAUCAUCCCGCCCUGCGACCGGUGCCGGAGACUGCACAUGGACUGCUUGAAGAACCUCACGGCGUGCAUGGGCUGUACCAAGAAGCACGCAAAGUGCUCGUGGAAAGAGGUGCGCGAGGGCGAGUUGCGCGGCGGCUACACGUAUCCUCCUGGAACGGCCAGCAAUGGGCAGAGUGAGACGAGCGAUCACGAAACAGGCGACCGCGCAAGCACCGCGAGUCCAUCGGCCAUGCAGAGUCCACCGCAUCACGGGCUUACGCCAUCACACGGCUCACACAGCAAUGGCCAGCAUACGCCUCAACACACGCCCCAGCACCAAGCAUCUCACGCGCAGCAUUCUGAGCCACACGCGCAGCCACCAGUGAAACACGAAGCGCCCAACGAAUCACGAAUACCCCCGUCUCGCAGUAGUCCACCAGAGCGCGAACGUGAGCGCGAGCGCGAGCGUGAACAUGAACGUGAACGCGAGCAUGAACGAAGCGUCGAGGCCCAGCUUCAGGAGGCCGCGCAAUCAGGCCUCGCACAUGCAAACGCAAGGCUGCCCGGAUCAGACGGCAAGCCUGCAGACUAUCCGAAUCAGACCAUGGUCGCUUAGGGAAAUAGCUGCCCACGGAGCGUUACAUCCGUAGCAUGGUAGUCUUGCUUUUUGAUUUCGUCUGGUUUCCCCAUCAACGACGUGUGGAUAACGGAGAAUGAUGAUCGGGUAUUUUGAGCCAUGGGAGAAAGAGUUCAGCAAGGGCUAUUUUUUGGAGACUUUUUUGUUUCCUGUACAUUUGUUCAUGAUACCAAAUUCCUAUUCUCGCCACCUGUACUUUUUUUGUCUCCUUCUUUUCUUAUUAUUUUUUCUUCACUUACAUGGUACGGCGUGUUGUUAUGGUUAUGUUGUGUGCAGUCUGUUUUUUUUUUCUGUGAAGCUUUUUGCUGUUGUGUCGUUGUGAGAGCGCCUGACGAACCUCGAGUACUGUCCAAGCGUCUCUCUCUCUCUCUCUCUCUCUCUCUCUUU